AUGCUUUCGAAACUGAAGAAUACAUUCCAUCUCAAAUCAAUUGCCGUUCAAGGCGGUGGAAUGGUCAACUGGUCACUCUUGAGAGCAGGAUUGGUUGAUGAACUUUCAUAUGUUAUCGCCCCAACAACUGACGGUAGGAGCACAGAUGUAUCUUUCAUCAGAAGAAAUCCAGAAGAUACUGAUUCACCACCUCUUGAGUUCGACCUUAUUGAUGUUCAGCGUGUCGGAGACAACGGAGUAUGGUUAAGGUACGCUCCAAAGAAGAAUUAA